ACAUUUAUCAUUUACUCGCUAGUCACUAUUGCUAUUUUAUUUAAAACAUUACAACCUUUAGAAUUAAUAAACACUAGAUUUAAUUGUUCCCUAGCUCCUUGUGGAUUCGAUCCCUAAGUACUACAUCUGAACCUCUUUUGAUGAGAGUAAGACUCCUUAGGGUAAUUUCAGUGGUAUCACAUAACUUCUGUUACAGGAUGCUGAUUGACCUCAAACGGUGACAUUGAAAAUCUAACUCAAAGCUCUAGCUUUUGCCAAAAGAUGGGCUCAGUCUAACGGUGGGAAGGGCUCCAUCCAUAGCUAGACAUCUGACGCGUAUCUGCAGCUCUGCACUCAAAAGGCUCCAAAAUCACUAUAUUUCUCCAGAAUGUAUCUGAACCUGUAAAUACUAUAAAAAAACUACAAAACAUAAUAAUCAAACAAUAAUAAAAGGGGAAUAAGCUCAAAGGAGAAGCUGUCCACGUCGGAUUAAUAAUUCAGACCAAUCAUAGAGUUGUAUUGUGCCAUGUCAUCUAUUCCUCACACGUCAAAAAUUAGUUUGAUUACAUCGACUUCAUCUUCCUCCUUUUCCUCGAAGAAACCCAACCGUUUCACCUCUUCUCCUCUGUAACGUUAAAAUUGUGACUCAUAAAGCUUUAUCAUUUAGUUUAAUCACUAUAUAAUCUACCUCUUCACAUCCUAUUUUGCUGAGGAGAAGAAGAACUACGACGUAGAAUCUAUAUUUCCCCGGUCAUACCAAUGUCAUCAACUCUGGAUCUAGGUGGCUCUCAUCUCUCCCCCUCUAAAUUUGUUUUAUAAUAUAUAUGAAAGCUCUAUGUGUAUUUGGAUAUUGGUUUUUUUGGUCAAAACCAAAUUAAGUUGUAGUUUCAAGAUUGAUUGGAUCUGAUAUUUGAUUUUUUUUUUUGGGUGUUUCUAUUUAUUUUGAAUCCACUGAUGAUUGAACCUGCCGAGUUGAUUUUUGGGUUUGUAUUUCCAGCGCUAAAUCUCUGUCAUCGACCAAACACUGAUCAUCAAUUUUGUAUUUUUUUUUUUACAAUGUCAAGUGGUUCGAGGUUCUUGAUGGAUUGCUUGGGAAGCACUGGAGGAAUGUCGGGUUAGCAUUCAACUGCACAUUUCUUCUCUUUGGAUCUGUCAUUCAACUCAUAGCUUGUGCCAUCAACAUAUAUUUACAUAAAUGACAAUCUGGAUAAGAGGACAUGGACAUACAUAUUUGGGGCAUGUUGUGCAACCACAGUCUUCAUCCAUUCCUUCCACAACUACAGGGUUUGGUCUUUUCUUGGACUCUUGAUGACCACUUACACUGCUUGGUACCUCACCAAUGCCUCCAUCCUCCAUGGUCAGGUAAAUUAAUUACUGAAGGAAUUUUUUUAUGUUUUGGUAAGUUAUUCGGUUAGAUAGAUUAGCUGGUGAUGUUGUAUUCGGGACCAAGCAAGCUGGUGUUAUACUUCACAGGGGCCACAAACAUUCUUUACACAUUCGGUGGCCAUGCUGUUACUGUAGAAAUAAUGCAUGCGAUGUGGAAGCCGCAGAAGUAUAAGUCUAUUUACCUGUUUGCGACUCUGUACGUUCUGACGCGGACGCUGCCUUCUGCGUCUGCGGUAUAUUGGGCGUUUGGCGAUUUGCUUCUAAACCAUUCAAAUGCAUUCACUCUCCUCCCAAAGAACCUUUUCCGCGACUUUGCAGUGGUGCUCAUGCUCAUCCACCAAUUCAUCACGUUUGGGUUCGCCUGCACGCCUCUAUACUUCGUGUGGGAGAAGCUGAUAGGCAUGCACGAGUGCCAGAGCAUGUGCAAGAGAGCCGCCGCGAGGCUUCCUGUGGUUAUACCCAUCUGGUUUCUGGCAAUCAUAUUCCCUUUCUUCGGUCCCAUUAACUCCACCGUGGGAUCACUCCUCGCCAGCUUCACCGUCAACAUCAUCCCUGCGGUGGCUCACAUCUUCACCUUCCGCUCAUCCGCUGCACGUGAGAACUCUGUGGAGCAGCCGCCGAGGUUUCUAGGAAGGUGGACAGGAGCUUUCACCAUCAACGCAUUCAUUGUGGUGUGGGUGUUCAUAGUUGGAUUUGGGUUUGGUGGUUGGGCCAGUAUGAUAAAUUUUGUUCACCAGAUUGACACAUUCAGACUUUUCACGAAAUGCUACCAGUGUCCUCCACCGGUAAUGGCUUCACCUCCUCCGAUCAGUCAUCCUCAUGUCAACCACACUCGUAGCCUUUGAGCAACAAUGAGCAGACACGGUUGGUGUAUUCCAAGGAGAUAGAUUUGGGUUCGUUUGUAUAGAUCUUUACCAAGGCUCUUUGUUUUUCAAUUUUAGUCGUCAAGUUUUACUAUCGUCUUUGGAAAUUAACGUGGACAACAUCGUAUCUUUUUUUGGUCAAAA